AUGCUUACUAAACGUAAAAUUCGCAUAAUUUUUUUAUUUGAAUUCAAAAAAGACACUAGUGCAGCAAAAACAGCAGAAGAUAUUAAUGCUAUUUUUGGUCAAGUCAUUGAUAAUGACCACUUAAAAACGCUAAUUGAAGCCAAUUCUCAACAAACAGUUAGAAGGAUAUCAGAAGACCUUGGGGUUUCAAAAGAUACUGUUUAUCGCCUUUUAAAACAAAUUGGCAAAACAAAAAAAAAACGAGCAGGACAAUGGUUGGAUAACGAUGAAGCUUCAAAACAGUUUCCAAAACCCCAAUUAACGCCAAAGAAGGUGAUGGUCACUGUUUUUUGGUCUUCUGAAAAACUGGUUCACUAUGAAUUUAUGAAACCAAGUGAAACCAUUAACUCUGAAUCCUACUUCAAUAAAAAAAGUCCAAUUUUAUUACACGUAAAUGUCCGCCUACAUAUUUCAAAAACGACGCUCCAGAUGCUCAACGAAUUGAAAUUUGAAACUUUGCCCCACCCACCUUAUUCUCCACAUCUCGCUUCUACAGAUUUCUUUUUCUUCAAAAAUUUGGACCAAUUUCUCAAGGAUAAAAUCUUCAAUGACGAAGAGUCAAUUAAAAUUGUCUUUGAAGCUUUUAUUGCUUCUAGAGAAGCCAAAUUUUAUUCAAAUGGAAUGAAAAAACUUAUUUCACGUUGGGAACAAUGUGCAAAAGCCAAUGAUGCAUAUUUUUAA